AUGGGUGAAGAACACAAACCACUAUUAGAUGCUUCAGGAGCUGUGCCAGUUCCUGAAGAUUCCACAGCCACGGCUAUCCUAAGAAGAAAGAAAAAGGAUAAUAAUUUAUUAGUUGAUGAUGCCACUAACGACGAUAACUCUGUUAUAGCCAUUAAUUCAAAUACUAUGGAUAAAUUAGAAUUGUUCCGUGGUGACACUGUCUUAGUGAAAGGUAAGAAGAGAAAGGAUACCGUUCUUAUUGUAUUGAUUGACGAUGAAUUAGAAGAUGGUGCAUGUAGAAUUAAUCGUGUUGUUAGAAACAACCUUCGUAUAAGAUUGGGUGAUUUAGUUACCAUUCAUCCAUGUCCUGAUAUCAAAUAUGCCACUAGAAUUUCUGUUUUACCAAUUGCUGAUACCAUUGAAGGUUUGACAGGCAAUUUAUUUGAUGUCUUUUUAAAACCUUAUUUUGUUGAAGCUUACAGACCAGUCAGGAAAGGUGACCAUUUCAUCGUUAGAGGUGGUAUGAGACAAGUAGAAUUCAAAGUUGUAGACGUGGAACCUGAUGAAUAUGCCGUUGUCGCUCAAGAUACUGUCAUUCACUGGGAAGGGGAACCAAUCAACAGAGAGGAUGAAGAAAAUUUUAUGAAUGAAGUUGGUUACGAUGAUAUUGGUGGAUGUCGUAAACAAAUGGCACAAAUUAGAGAAAUGGUAGAAUUACCUUUAAGACAUCCACAGUUGUUUAAAGCCAUUGGUAUUAAACCACCAAGAGGUGUUCUUAUGUACGGUCCUCCAGGUACUGGUAAGACUUUAAUGGCUAGAGCUGUUGCAAAUGAAACAGGUGCAUUUUUUUUCUUAAUCAAUGGUCCAGAAGUUAUGUCUAAAAUGGCUGGUGAAUCAGAAUCGAAUUUAAGAAAAGCUUUUGAAGAAGCUGAAAAAAAUGCACCAGCAAUUAUCUUUAUAGAUGAAAUUGAUUCCAUCGCUCCAAAGAGAGAUAAGACUAAUGGUGAAGUCGAAAGAAGGGUUGUCUCACAAUUAUUAACUUUGAUGGAUGGUAUGAAAGCUAGAUCUAAUGUUGUUGUUAUAGCCGCCACUAACAGACCAAACUCCAUCGAUCCUGCCUUAAGAAGAUUCGGUAGAUUUGAUCGUGAAGUUGAUAUUGGUAUUCCAGAUGCCACUGGUAGAUUAGAAAUUUUACGUAUUCACACUAAAAACAUGAAGUUAGCUGAUGACGUCGAUUUAGAAACUUUAGCUGCCGAAACUCAUGGUUAUGUUGGUGCUGAUGUUGCUUCUUUAUGUUCAGAGGCUGCCAUGCAACAAAUUCGUGAGAAAAUGGAUUUGAUCGAUUUAGAAGAAGAUGAAAUUGAUGCUGAAGUUUUAGAUUCCUUAGGUGUUACUAUGGACAAUUUUAGAUUUGCCUUAGGUAACUCCAAUCCAUCUGCAUUACGUGAAACCGUUGUCGAAAGUGUUAAUGUCACUUGGGAUGACGUUGGUGGUUUGGACGAUAUUAAGGAAGAAUUAAAAGAAACUGUCGAAUACCCAGUCUUACAUCCAGAUCAAUACACAAAAUUCGGUUUAUCUCCUUCAAAGGGUGUUUUGUUCUAUGGUCCACCUGGUACGGGUAAGACCUUAUUAGCUAAAGCUGUCGCCACUGAAGUUUCAGCAAAUUUCAUCUCCGUUAAGGGUCCAGAAUUAUUAAGUAUGUGGUACGGUGAAUCUGAAUCUAAUAUUCGUGACAUUUUUGAUAAGGCUAGAGCUGCUGCUCCAACUGUCGUCUUUUUAGAUGAAUUAGAUUCUAUUGCUAAAGCAAGAGGUGGUUCUUUAGGCGAUGCUGGUGGUGCUUCAGAUAGAGUUGUUAAUCAAUUAUUAACUGAAAUGGAUGGUAUGAAUGCUAAGAAGAAUGUUUUCGUCAUUGGUGCCACAAAUAGACCAGAUCAAAUCGAUCCGGCUAUUUUAAGACCAGGUAGAUUAGAUCAAUUGAUUUACGUCCCAUUACCUGAUGAACCAGCUAGAUUAUCUAUCUUAAAUGCUCAAUUAAGAAACACACCACUUGAACCAGGUCUUGAUUUGAGUGCCAUUUCUAAAGCUACACAAGGUUUCUCAGGUGCUGAUUUAUCAUACAUUGUUCAAAGAGCAGCUAAGUAUGCUAUCAAAGAUUCUAUUGAAGCUCACAGAUUGAGUGAAGCAACCAAGGUCAAGAAUGAAGAAGAUGUUGAAAUGGCUGACAAUGAUAAUGUUAAGGAAGAACCACAAGAAGAUCCAGUUCCAUAUAUUACUAAAGAACAUUUCGCCGAAGCAAUGAAGACUGCCAAACGUUCUGUCUCAGAUUCUGAAUUACGUCGUUAUGAAGCUUACUCCCAACAAAUGAAGGCUUCAAGAGGGCAAUUCAGUAAUUUCAACUUUACUGAGUCUGGUACUGACUCUAAUGCCCCUAAUAAUGCCUCAUCAGGUGCUGCUUUCGGUGGUGAUAAUGAAGAGGAUGAUGACUUAUACAGUUAG